UCGCCCGCACGAUGACAUCGAGAUUCCGUCCGGUCUGUAACCACAUAAUCCAGAGGCGGGGCUAUCGUUUUAUCGACGAAAAGCUAAACAAAUUCAAUCUAAUGACGCUUUAUGGGGACGCCAUGUUUGUUAUCAUUUUUUGUCUAUGGAUCGACUUUUGAAGAGAGGAGUGGCGCCUGGGUGUGAAAUAAUUAAUUUCGAGAAAAUAUCAAAUAAUUUACGCUUCCUACUAAAACUUAGAAGUUACUUGUAAUUGUAGGUAUUUUUCGCACAUGAAAAUAAUACCUAUUUCAUCAAAAUACAUUAAAUUAAAAUGCAAAGCUGUUCAAGACUGUUUUAUUUAUGCCAUAACACAAAAGCCGUUGUGCAGCAUGGGCAAUCGACAAGGGAGUGAACUGAAGAGCGAAACGAAACGGCGAAUAAAAUGUCAAAGUACUUUUGAUUUACCUCUCGUGAAACUUGAAAGAUAACUUUAUUUUCGUGUAAAUAAAAGCAUUUACAAUGAUCAACUUAUGACUUUAAAUCAUUUAAUCCUUGACAAAUUAAAAUGAUACUUAGCCUCUUUUAACUUGUAACCAAUUUAGUUGGUAGUUGAAUUUAUAAAACCUGACGAUGCACAUCCUGUGCACGAUAUGCAGCGACCUGGUGAACCCGGCCGAGAGCCUGUACGUCACCAAGUGCGGCCAUCUCUUCCACCACCAGUGCCUCGCGCAAUGGAUCGAGAGAUCAAAAUCUUGUCCACAAUGCCGCAACAAGGUGACAGACCGGUGCAUGUUCCGCAUGUACCCCACGGUGUCGAACGAGAACUCGGGGGAGGAUGCGGCGACCCUGCAGUCGCGGCUGGACGACGCCAUGCUGCAGCUGCGGACACAGAAGACAGAACAGAAGGAACUGAGAGACAAGCUCACUGCUGCCACACAAGAGGCUAGCAAGAAAGAGGAGCUACUAAAAGCAGCAGAGAAGCGACUUGUGAGCCGGGAUUCAGCCGUGUCAGCACUGCGGGAACAGCUAGAGUAUGUCAAAAUACAGAACAGAGAGACACAGCGGCUGAAGGAAGAAAAUGAGGUGCUCAAGAAGAAUAUGCAGACUCUCAAUGGGCUCCGCGAGUUGGCCCGCAUCGUGCUGCGAUGCCGCGCCGCAUAA